GGUGCGGCGAGUGUCAGCUGCCGAGUGCGUCCAUCGCCUGAGCCACACCCACACGGACUCGCAUCCUCUCCCUUUCUCCCCUCCGUCGUCCCCUCCCCUGGCACCGGCCACCGGCCUCUCAUCCCCCACCUCAAUUCCAAGCACACCCAUCACCAUGCCACUGUCAACCAUGAGUCCAUGAUUCCAAGCUCAUCCGGGCUCGCUGGGUGUAAUUCCUGGGAGACUACGCGGACCCAUCCACGAUCCUUGCUGGACCCGAUCGAGGAGCGCGAGGAGCUAGCCGGCCGGCGGAGAGGUUGGAUCUCACUGGCUUCCUCCAACCACGUUCGGUUCGAGUAGGCCGCCCCCCGAUCCAAGGCCAAGCCCCAUCACGCACCACAAUCUUGUUCUGGUUGACACACAGAUCUGGCAAAAGGAAGCUAAGCCGGUGUCAAGCUGAACAAUGGCAAGCUGUUUCCCCUGCUUGAGCGCCAGGAAGAAGGAGGUCCCACGUUCUGCCCCAGCCAAUCCACACACCAGCAGCGUCCCUGGCACCGUGGCACGAACUUUCUCCUUCGAGGAGCUCGCGGCGGCGACAAGAAACUUCAGCGAUGCCUGCCGCAUCGUUGGUCGGGAGGAUGGUCUUUACAAAGGCUUCCUCAAGAGCAUCAAUCAGGUUGUUGCUAUAAAGCUGCAGCAUGCAGUUGAUCCAAGUGGAUCAUCGGAGCAAGAUAAUGGAGAGUUUCUUGCCCUUGCGCUGAUGAUGAGCGGGCUGCGCCACCCAAAUAUUGUCAAUCUUAUUGGCUUUUGUGCGGAUGGCCAUCACCGGAUCUUGGUUCACGAAUACAUGCCAUUUGGUUCUCUAGAAGAUCACCUCCACGGUUCAUCUCCAGGCAAAGCACCGCUGGACUGGAACACGAGGAUGAACAUUGCUGCCGGUGUGGCCAGAGGGUUGGAGUAUAUGCACGACAAAGGUGUCCUCUACCGAUGCGUCAAAAGUUCGAACAUCUUGCUCGGAGAAGGCUACCACCCAAAGCUGUCACAAUAUGGACUGGCGGAGCAUGACCAGCUGUCUGCACCGGCUGCUAUCACCGGCGGGACAUGGGGUACUAUGGCCCCCGAGACCGUGAUGACCGGGAAGCUGUUUCCGGGGUCGAGUGUGUACGGCUUCGGCGUCGUGCUGCUGGAGAUGAUCACCGGGCGGAGGGCCACCGAUUCCCCCCAGGACGUCGAGGAUCGGCACCUUGUCACAUGGGCCCGAACAAUGCUGAAGGACAGGAGCCAGUUCCGCCGGAUGGCAGACCCGGCGCUGCAGGGGCGAUAUCCGUCCUUGGACUUGCAGGAGGCCCUCGAAGUUGCUUCGGUGUGCAUCCACAAAGAUCAUGCCACGAGACCGCCCAUCGGCACCGUCGUCACGGCUCUGUCUCGCCUUGCCUACGAUGUUGAUCCACCCGAAUCAUCACACCACGCGGCGCCCAAUUAACUUAGGAGGUAAACGGUGUCGUGUCAUCUAGAUGUGCCGAUCAUGAUCAAGUUGCUUGAUAUGCUAUGAACUGUGACCGGCAAUAAGUUGUGUUUGUGAUCGUUGCUUGUUCUAGAAUAACUAAUGCUUGGCCUGCAUGAUUUAGAAUGUUCAAAACACACUCCUGUGUAACUGGCAGAGGUUAAUUGCCCAGGAGUGGUGGAUUUGGAAAUUGUGUUGGUUCUAGAGGUGGAGAGAAGUCUAAGACAUGAGCAAGUGUCGGGAUUAGGCAAAUUAG